AUGGCGCAGUUCCGGGGCCGGCCGCCGGGGGCGCUGCCGGGCGCUCUGCUGUGCGCGUUAUGCGCGCUGGCGCUGGCGCGGGCAGCGGGCGCGGCAGCGGCGCGCGCGGCGGGCUCGGUGCGCCUGGCUGGGGGCCUGACGCUCGGGGGGCUGUUCCCGGUGCACGCGCGCGGCGCGGCGGGCCGGGCGUGCGGGCCGCUCAAGAAGGAGCAGGGCGUGCACCGGCUCGAGGCGAUGCUCUACGCGCUGGACCGCAUCAACGCCGACCCGCGGCUGCUGCCCGGCGUGCGCCUGGGCGCGCGCUUGCUGGACACCUGCUCGCGGGACACGUACGCGCUGGAGCAGGCGCUGAGCUUCGUGCAGGCGCUGAUCAGUGGCCGCGGCGACGCCCACGAGCCAGCCGUCCGCUGCCCCGGUGGCGCGCCCCCGCUGCACGCCGCGCCCCCCGAGCGCGUGGUGGCCGUGGUGGGCGCCUCCGCCAGCUCCGUGUCCAUCAUGGUGGCCAACGUGCUGCGCCUGUUCGCGAUCCCCCAGAUCAGCUACGCCUCCACGGCCCCCGAGCUCAGCGACUCCACCCGCUACGACUUCUUCUCCCGCGUGGUUCCGCCCGACUCCUACCAAGCUCAGGCCAUGGUGGACAUCGUGCGGGCGUUAGGCUGGAACUACGUGUCCACGCUGGCCUCGGAGGGCAACUACGGCGAGAGUGGAGUGGAGGCUUUUGUGCAGAUAUCCCGGGAGGCUGGGGGUGUCUGCAUUGCUCAGUCCAUCAAGAUUCCACGAGAGCCCAAGCCCGGAGAGUUUGACAAGGUCAUCAGGAGGCUCCUGGAGACGCCCAAUGCCCGCGCCAUCAUCAUCUUUGCCAACGAGGAUGACAUCAGGAGGGUUCUGGAAGCUGCUCGCCAGGCCAACCUCACCAACCACUUCCUGUGGGUUGGCUCAGACAGCUGGGGAGCCAAAACUGCCCCCAUCCUGCACCUGGAGGACGUGGCCCAGGGGGCCAUCACCGUCCUGCCCAAAAGGGCCUCCAUUGAUGGAUUUGACCAUUACUUUACGACCCGUUCCCUGGAGAACAAUCGUCGAAAUAUCUGGUUUGCUGAGUUCUGGGAAGAGAAUUUUAACUGCAAACUCACCGGCUCACACACCCAGCCAGAUGAUUCCACCCGCAAGUGUACAGGUGAGGAACGCAUUGGCCGGGACUCCAGCUACGAGCAGGAGGGGAAGGUGCAGUUUGUCAUCGACGCUGUGUAUGCCAUCGCCCACGCGCUGCAUAACAUGCACCAGGUGCUGUGUCCCGGCCUCGAGGGGCUUUGUCCAGCCAUGGAGCCCACGGAUGGGCGGACUCUACUGCAGUAUAUCCGCGCCGUCCGCUUCAACGGCAGCGCAGGGACCCCCGUGAUGUUCAAUGAGAAUGGAGACGCCCCGGGGCGCUAUGACAUCUUCCAGUACCAGGCCACCAACGGGAGCGCGGGCAGCGGCGGGUACCAGGCCGUGGGCCAGUGGGCAGAGGUGCUGCGGCUGGACGUGGAGGCGCUGCAGUGGGCCGGGCAGCGCCAGGCAGUGCCUACAUCGCUCUGCAGCCUCCCGUGCCCGGCGGGCGCCCGCAAGAAGAUGGUGAAGGGCGUGCCCUGCUGCUGGCACUGCGAGGCGUGCGACGGCUACCUCUACCAACUGGACGAGUUCACGUGCCAGGCGUGCCCGGGCCACCUGCGGCCCAGCGCCAACCACACAGGCUGCCGGCCCACGCCCGUGGUGCGCCUGAGCUGGGCCUCACCCUGGGCGGCGCUGCCGCUGCUCCUGGCCGUGCUGGGCAUCCUGGCCACCACGGCCGUGCUGGUCACCUUCGUGCGCCACCACGAGACCCCCAUCGUGCGCGCGUCGGGCCGCGAGCUCAGCUACGUGCUGCUGGCUGGCAUCUUCCUGGUGUACGCGCUGACCUUCCUGAUGGUGGCCGAGCCGGGGAUGGCCGUCUGCGCCGCGCGCCGCGUGCUGCUGGGCCUGGGCACAGCGCUGAGCUACUCGGCGCUGCUCACCAAGACCAACCGCAUCUACCGCAUCUUCGAGCGCGGCAAGCGCUCCGUCACGCCUCCGCCCUUCAUCAGCCCCACCUCGCAGCUCGUCAUCACCUUCAGCCUCACCUCCGUGCAGGUGGUGGGUGUAUUUGCCUGGAUGGGGGCCCAACCUCCCAGAAGCAUCAUUGACUAUGAGGAGCAGCGAACUGUUGACCCGGAGCAGGCUCGGGGGGUGCUCAAGUGCGACAUGUCCGACGUGUCACUCAUUGGCUGCCUGGCCUACAGCCUCCUGCUCAUGGUGACGUGCACCGUGUAUGCCAUCAAGGCACGAGGCGUGCCCGAGACCUUCAACGAGGCCAAACCUAUCGGCUUCACCAUGUACACCACUUGCAUCAUUUGGCUGGCCUUUGUGCCCAUCUUCUUUGGCACUGCCCAGUCGGCUGAGAAGAUCUACAUCCAGACCACCACGCUGACUGUGUCCCUGAGCCUGAGUGCCUCAGUUUCCCUCGGCAUGCUCUACAUCCCCAAGACCUACACCAUCCUCUUCCACCCCGAGCUGAACGUACAGAAGCGGAAGCGGAGCCUCAAGACAGCCCCGACAGUGACAGUGGCUCCCCCCAAGGACUCCCAGUAG